UUACUAAUUCAUUACAACGCGAAGGGGAGUGACGCAGUUAUCGAAAAUCCCGAAGCUCCUCCACGCUUUCCGCGUAUGACCUGAAAUAAACUCCAUAUUUCCCCCCCACCCGGCGGUGGGCCACCGUCCCUCGGUCACAACGCAGCGGAAGAUCGCUGACAUCGCUGCCGCUGGCUGUAUGUGCCAGUCUCCGCGCUCGCUCCUUGGAUCCGGGUGCCAUUCCGAUUGGAGGUUGCGGUCGAGCCCGGAGGACUCGAUGCGAUAACCAGAGCGAGACAUGCCGCAGCCCAAGUCACGAAAAAUCGCCAUCCUCGGCUACAGAUCCGUAGGAAAGUCUUCCUUGACCAUUCAGUUUGUGGAGGGCCAGUUUGUGGACUCCUAUGACCCGACAAUAGAGAACACGUUCACUAAAAUGAUCACGAUAAACGGCCAGGAGUACCACCUUCAGCUGGUGGACACAGCAGGACAGGACGAGUACUCCAUCUUCCCUCAGACGUACUCCAUAGACAUCAACGGCUACAUCCUGGUCUACUCAGUCACCUCCAAUAAAAGCUUCGAAGUGGUGCAAGUUAUCCAUGAGAAGCUGCUGGACAUGGUGGGGAAAGUUCAGGUGCCCAUUAUGCUGGUCGGGAACAAGAACGACCUGCAUAUGGAGAGAGUAAUCAGCUGCGAGGAGGGAAAAGCGUUGGCCGACUCCUGGAAUGCUGCCUUCAUGGAAUCCUCGGCCAAAGAGAACCAGACCGCCGUGGAGGUUUUCCGGAGGAUGAUCCUGGAGGCGGAGAAGAUGGACGGCGGCGUGCAGCCUGGAAAGACGUCUUGCUCCAUGAUGUAGAGGCGCCCCACGGCCACACAGGACACUGCACUGGGAUAUCCCGUUUACUUGAAGGCUAGCCGCCAGUUCUCCACCUCAGCUGACUCCACCCCCCGCCCGGCCCCGCCCCCACGCCCCCAAGUACCCAAUAGUGUCUAUUUCUGGCUCUGAACACCCCAAUUAUUUAUCAGUAUCCCUGAUUCCUAUUUGUCAUCCAUGUUUUCCUUUGUGUGUGUUUGGUAUCGACGCAGGACGAGUGGCCAUCAUGAAUUUAAUCCCAGUAAACACCCCCCCCCCCCACCAGUAAAACCAGCCCACCCUGUGGUUUGUACUCAACUGAUGCAAAACAGCAACGCAUCACAACAAACGUUGUCCCGUCUGGCGUUAAGGACCGCAACUAGAGGUCCUGGUGGUUUCUUCCAGUGUAUUUCUUUUGUCUACUGGUUUCCAAUGCGGUCGUCACUGGUCUCGUUCCACAGCAGUACAUGGCAGACAAGUUCAAACAUGAAUUCUGCAUCCAUUUUCUAAAAGUUGAAAAUGUUGUACAAAUGUUUUUGAUUGUAAUCAUUAAAGCAAAAAGUGGUUAUGUAAGCGCUCACCCGUGUGGACU